AUGGCAUACAACUUGGGUAAACGUCAUCUUCAGUCUCCUUGUUGUUACAGAGCGCCUUCGGAGCAGACCCUUUUCCAGUAUGGCACGUUCGUUCCUUUGAGCCUUGUGACACCUCUCAUAUCGGAUUGGGAUAAUGGCGUCUCAGACCUGGAUAACUUGGGCUUUCAGCCUUCACUUGGGAGGGUCAGCGAAUAUCUGGACUGGUUCGGCGAGCACGCGACCGAAGAAAUAAACCGGGAGAAAGCUCUCUCUCAAGUCGAAACUGGCCAUGGUGGACUUCUGAUAGCCUUGCUCUUCGCCAAGUGCCCUCGUCUCCGAGACCUCAAACUCAUUUCUAUUCCCAAAGGUGUCCGUCCCGAACGCGAAAGAUCCCAACGCACUGGAAGUGAAUACCCUUCUGAUAGUGACGAGACGGCGGAAGAGCAUGAAGAUGUGGCAGAAAUCCGGGAGAACUAUGAGAGAAUGAUGGUGCCUCAAGAGAUGGAACGUAUGGAAAUCUGCAAGGACAAUGAAGCCUGUGAGCAAUUUAUCGAGCAAGAUUGUACUCAGGAUGACAAGAUGGAACCGAUGGACGAUAAUUCUUUGGAUGUCAAGGUCAGCCGGGGCCAGUGCCCAGAUGGCUUCGUCAGUCUACGGUUCGUAGCCAUUGGUGUCGCCUCGGAUACGUGGAUGGACGACGAUCGUUACCCUUGUUCAUGUUUGGGACUACGACGGCCUCCCAAAGCAGUCUUCGUCAGUCAAACACCUUUUCUUCGAAGUUCUGAAGUACGAAUUGGACGGGAAUGUCCGCGAAAUGUUCUUCGAGGCCCCGCAAAAGCUGCUCCUCGUUCCGUAACAGGGCGUGACGCAGAUGAUUUGUAUAGAGCAAGUCGCAUCGCGCGUAACCCUGCGGGCGCCCAAGGUUCAUCACUCAAGAGCCUGAUAUGGUACGGUUUCGACAGUAACUCGAUUAGCAGCGAUGACUGUUCUGUCGACUUUUGGGAAAAUGCAGGCUCAGGCGAAUGCGGUGACAAAGCAGGCGAAACGGUGCUGCUUGAGCGCGUGAUUUUCAAUAUGAUCGAGAGCGGGCGCUACAAAAACCUGAAAGCUAUCUUCUUGGAAGAGGUGGAGCACGCGACAGACCGCGGGAAGGGAACGGUCAGCUUCAAGAGGGCUGUUGCGGCGGGCAAAGCGAAGGGUGUUAAGGUUUACACGAGGAUUAACGGACCCGUGCGGCAUGGGAUCGAGUUCCCUGAGCCGGUGAAGCAUUACAGACAUCAGCCUUCUGAUACCACCUGA